GUUAUACAGGAGCUGAGCGUGUUGUUCGUUCAUGUCAGUCUCGGUGCAUUUUAUAUUAUUCUUUUUUUUAUUUUAAAUAAUAUACCGUAUAUGAAAACGUUUCCGAGUAAAUACACGCUACGGUAGUUUAAUAGGCGAUUUUUCGAAUACGUUGAGCUUACUUAUAUUACGACAAUGGUGGUGUUAAAUAAUCUCGAAGAGAUUUUGGUUAAAUUAGAGGAGCAAGAAUUGGACAGCGAUGAUGGAUCAGUCAAUCCUGAGACGUACUGCCAGAUGUUGGCUAUUUAUUUAUAUCAAAAUGAACUAUGUCUAGCAAAAUUUUUAUGGCAGAGGAUACCUGUAAAUGUGAAAAUGGCAUGUUCAGAUUUAAGAAAGAUCUGGUCUGUUGGUAAAAAAAUGUGGACACGUGAUUGGGAAGAAGUUCAUAUUGCUUUAAACGUUGAAUGGAAUCCUAAUGUUCGUGAAGUAAUGCAAGCACUGAAAGGAGAAGUACAAGAAAGAGUGCUGAAACUUGUUGGCGAUGCUUAUGCAUCUUUAGACCUAGUGACAUUAUCAAAAAUGAUUGGUAUGUCACUCGAUGAAACUAAAGUAGUAGCAGAACAAAGAGGAUGGAAUCUUGUAGGAAACACAGUGAAACCCACUAAAGCAGUCCCAAAGAGCAAUGCCAGUACAACAGAAACUAUUGCAGAAGAGCAGUUGCAUAAGUUAACACAAUUUGUAUCAUUUUUAGAAAAUUAAAAUCAUAUUAUUAUGUUGAUAUGAUAAAUAUUCAAUGAUACUUUAAAUUGUUUCUGUCAAUUGAAAAGUUCUUUGAAUUAUCAUUAUUUUUAUCUUUUUAACUAUUAUUCAAUCACUAUUCUGUUUUUGAUUUGAUCAUCAUUGAGUCUGUUUCAAAUUGAUAAUUUUUUAUGUAUUGUGUAUAGAGAAAUUCCUAAACUUCUGAUCAUCAGAAAAACAUAAGUAGUGAUUAAUUCAUUCA